AAUGGCUUAUGGAGAAUUAGCUCCCAAAUCCACCUUAUGUGCUAGACUUACACCACAACAAAAAAAAAUAGUGAAGAGGUGUCUCGUAUUCUUCAGUAUCUCUAUCAUCAUCGCUGGUACCAUCGUUUUUGCCUGCUUUUAUAUAAGACGCAUGCGUGAAGAACAGCACUUCAUAGAAAACUAUGCCCCGGAUAUUAUAAUACCAUCUAUGGAUUUCACGGUCCUUAAUCUAACGGAGACUAGUCUUAGUGUUAAAUGGGAUUUAGUCAUCAGGAUCCCUCCAGACCUUCCUGGUUACUAUACGUGUCUCAAAGGAUCUUUUCAGACUUUCAUACUUUACCAAGGUGUUACCAUUGCUAAUUCAUCAUUGAGUUACAAUCUGAUACCAAAUUGGCCUCAGCUGCUUAAUACGUCAUCGAUUGCUUCCGAAGGUGAUAUGGACAGUGUGGUUGUGAAAGGUAUUAUGGAGGAUAUUAAGGAAACAAGAGACAUGCGGUUUGGAACACGAUUACUUCUUCCGGAUUGCAGAUCUGGAAGGACGAUGAACUAUACGUGUGAUGAAACCGCGUUGCGGUUCGAGUCUGGCUCUCAGAAAAAAGCAGCUACGUUUGAAAACAACUCUCCUAUAUGCCAUUAUAAUCACCCUUAAGUACUUUGUCAUCAAAUAUUGCUUUUUCUUUUUUUUGGUCUUGUUUGCAAACGUUGGACACAAGUCGAACCUUCUUCUUUUGCA